AUGGCCUGGAAGAACAGUGGCCUAAUGCAAACGUGCAGAUUUCUUCUGUUACUGAUUUUAUUUCUGCCAUGUGAGAUGACAAGUUCUAUUUUAACGGUGAAUGGUAAAACUGAGAACUAUGUUCUGGACACUCAGCUUGGCUUCCAAGAAUCUCUGAAAUGUGUUGUUCAAAACCACACCAAUGAGGAAGAACUUCUCUGGUACCGAGAAGAGGAGACAGUGGAUUUGAAAUCUGGAAACAAAAUCAACUCCAGCUCUAUCUGUGUCUCUUCCAUCAGUGAAAAUGACAACGGAGUCACCUUUACCUGCAAGCUACGGAGGAAUCAGUCGGUGUCCAUCUCCGUGGUGCUGAAUGUCAUUUUUCCUCCUUUCCUAAGUGGAGACGACUUCCAAACAGUUGAGGAAGGCAGUAAUGCGAAGUUGGUUUGCAAUGUGAAAUCCAACCCCCAGGCUCAAAUGAUGUGGUACAAAAACAGUGGCCUCCUGAGUUUAGAGAAAAACUACCACCAAGUCCAACAGACAAGUGAGUCUCUUCAACUGUCAAUUACCAAAGUCAGGAAAUCUGACAAUGGAACCUACAACUGUAUUGCAAAUUCAGCUCUGAAAACGGAGACCAAAGACUUCCACCUCAUUGUCACAGACAGAGUUGUGGGUGUACCAAAAGAACCCAUUAUCGCUGCCUGUAUUGUGAUCUUUCUGACAUUGUGCUUUGGACUGAUUGCUAGAAGAAAAAGAAUAAUGAAGCUCUGCAUAAAGGAUAAAGAUCCUCAGAGUCAAACAGCUCUGUAA